CUUUAACCACAAUCCAUCCUAAAAAUACUUAUUUCUUAUCAAAACUAACAUAGAAUGGCUUCUAUCGACCCAACUGAUUACGUCGAAGUAGUUGAAGGACAAACCAGCUUAAAGUUCGGUAAUGAAAAACAACAAGCCAAGUUUGAACUUGGUGUUUGUAUGGCUGUCUAUAAAUGGGAAGAAUUGAAUACUGCAGUCGAUAACUCGUGGGGUGGUGCCAACUCUGCCGAUAAAAGAGACUGGAUAUCCGGAAUUGUCAUCGACUUGUUUGAUGAAACUGUGGUUGAUAUCCAAUUAAUCGAAGAAACUUUGUUGUACGCGAUGGUCGAUGAGUUUGAUACCGAAAUUGAUAAUGAUUCUGCUUUAGAAAUUGCUGCAUUAGUUAUGAAAUUUUACAAGGAAGCAUCCUUGGAAAACUACACUAAUAUUGAUAUUGCUUAUGGUAAAUGGCAAGAGAAACAAGGUAAAUCUCAAACUCACAAAGUCACAAUUGGCUCUGAUCCUAAUAACCCUGACGUAUCUGAUGAUGAAAGCGAAGAUGAAGGUGAAGAUGACUCUAAUGUGCCUGCAUUAGUUGAAGAUGAUUCUAUGGAAGUGGACGAGCCAAAAGGUCCUAUAAUUGAUGACGACGGAUUCGAAAUGGUUCAAAAGAAAGGUAACCGCAGACGUUAAUGAUGCUUCAGUACUGAUUGCAAAAACCAAAAAAAAAAAAACACAGACCAUAGCAUAAGUAAAAUAUAUUGUACAUUAUAUACUGUAAUUUUAUAAUUACUACAU